UACAAUCAUUCUGCCUUACCAAUUUCUCAUAAGUUUUUUAAUCUUAGUGCACUUAGUUCGAAACACAGUCAAUAACCUUCAAUCUCAGUAGAUCCAUUCUCCAGAUCCAUCAUAGAUCUAGUGUGAAUUUUUUUUCUUAGUAUAUCUAUUUUAUGUUAAACUUGAUCUAAUGAUAAAUUAAUUGACCAUGUAAACUUUAUAUUUACUAAGGUAUGCAUGUAUGCAUGCUAGAUUGAAAUCAUCUAUCUUACGUGCUUUAGAUUUUUUCAUACAAAUGCUUUUUCCCAAUAACUCCCGUUUCCGAUAUCCUGUUGCAACUAAGCUUUAAGUUUACAAAGGUACCUGCAUGCCGUUUAGGCUGUUCGUUAAUAUGUCAGCUAGUUAGUCAGUCAGUUUCUCCUUUUAUAUAUUUAGAUAACCUUUUAUUUCAGAUUAUAGGAAAUACAAAGUUACCAUUAUUUGGCCGGAAGAUUCUCAAGCCAAAAUUACAAAAACUUACAGCGGUUUCAAGAAAGAUAAUUAUGGAAGCUGAUCAUAAUUCAAUGAGAGAGGAUCUCAAAAAUGGCCCAUCUCAUGUAUUUGGCUGCCACCAAGAUUGUAAGGCAUAUUAUUGUCGAUUCUGCCAGAACAGUGAUGAAAAAGACACAAAUUCUUUAGACGACCUUAAAACUAAGGCACCUGCAGUUUGGGCCCACAUUUGUGCAGCAAACGAGGCAGUCAUGUCAAAAUGCCAUCGACUAUCAAACAACACAACAAAUGUUGUUGAAAAUUUCAUGAGUGUUGUCAGCAAAUUUGUCUGCGGGAAAAGAUUGAGUCUGUACAAGGGUGGCUCAUAUCAGCGAAGAGUAUAUAUUGCUGGUAAGAAUAUGUUAUGUAAUUAUUGCAUUUGUUCAAUUCAUUUUCUAUAUUAUUCACAGUAUAUAUAUUUAUUUAUAUACAUACAUACUUUAUCCACACACAAUAUUUUUUAUACUCACAUAAUAUUAUACGCCUUCAAGGCACUAUGGGAUAAAAGACUUAGAAAAUUUUUAAGGAUAUUUUUUAUAACAGGUCUCUCGCACUCUCGUGGUCAGAAAUGGCACACAAAUGCUUGGAAGAAACAUAUAAGAAGUAGCCCUGGACAAACUUUUAAAAAGUACAUUGCCCAGUCGGAAAAGUCCAAGGAAAGGCGCAAAAAAUACAUUCGCAGGCGACUUUUUGCGCCUAAACCCAAAACUGACCACAAUUAUGGUCCAAACGCCAAAGAUGUAGAUGAGUCAGUUUUAGGGAAAGAUCUAAAGGAAGCGUGUCUUCUAAAACUGAAAGACUUCGAAACGACAAUAGAUCAAAUAAAAUAUAUUGAAAGUGCAACAAUUGGACAACACGAUAAUGAUGUCUACACUACAUAUAGAUGCGACAGGCUUACCGCUAGUCAGUUCGGAAUGAUAUGCAAGCGAAAAUCUACAACACCAUGCCAUAACCAAGUGGAGAGUGUUUUAUAUAAAAACAAUAUCUUGACCAAUGACAUGGCCUACGGCCAAAACCAUGAAUCAGUGGCCAGAACCUUGUUCAUAGAAAAAAUGAACAAAGCCGUACGGCCUGCUGGGUUAUAUAUUGAUGAAGAAUUUGGUUUUCUUGGAGCUAGCCCAGAUGGAGUAAUAGAAGAAGAAAAUUCUAUUUUGGAAAUAAAAUGUUUUCCUUCAUUGGCUCGCAACAAUCAAGACAUUUUUUCUGCGGCCAAAGAUCGUAAAAACUUUCCCCUUUUGGUUGAUGACACUGGUGCAUUACAAAUAAAUAAAAAACACAACUAUUACUAUCAGAUCCAGGGUCAACUGCGGGUUUCAAAAAUGAUGAAAUGUUACUUCAUUGGCUAUGUUUCUCCAAGUUUUGACAUCACAGUGUUGGAAGUACAGCGUGACGAAAAUUUCAUUAAAAAUAUGAUGCCAAAAUUAGUAACAUUUUAUAAAAAUUGUAUUUUGCCAGAGGUAGUACUUCGAAGAGUAACAAAAAAACAAAAAUGUAUUGAUAUUUCAAUUAUGUGGUAGCAAUUAUUUUAUUACUACUUUGUGAACAAGCGCGCUGUUUGCUUUGCAUUGUAUAAAGUAGUGACAAUCAGAAAGAGAUAAAUAUUAUAUCCUAAUCUGAAUAAACGAAAUCUGAAUCUUACUUCAAAUAUCAAUAAUUUUCGUUAGCCUGUUUGAUAUUGCCGUUUGUAAAUAAAUAACAUAAAAUAACAAUAUAACUUACUGCAAACUUAA